AUGGUCGACUCCUGGCUCUUCGACAUCUACCGCAUCCACCGCCGCCGUCUCCACCGCCUCAUCGUCGGCCUCGACGUCGAGUGGCGACCCAGUUUCAACCACAACAUCGAAAACCCAGUUGCCACUCUCCAACUUUGCGUGGGUCGACGCUGCCUCAUCUUCCAACUCAUCUACGCCACUCACUUCCCCAACUCGCUCAUCGAGUUUCUCAGCGACGAGGAUUUCACUUUUGUUAGAGUUGGGGUUGAGAGUGAUGUGGAGAAACUGUUGGAUGAUUAUGAUUUGAAAUUUGGGAAUGUGGUUGACCUUUGUGGACUCGCUGUGGACUGGUUGGGGAACAAGGAUUUGAAGAACGCUGGGUUGAACGGUUUGGCUCGAGCUGUGUUGGGACUCAAGUUGUUUUCUAACGGAAAAGCCAAAGACUAUGUUCUUCCAUACAAAGCUGGUGAUCUUGGCUUCCAUGAUCGUCGCUAUGGGCUCAACUUCUACCCUUUCGUGAAGUAA